CUGAAGAUACCAUCUAGGGACCAAGGUGAAAAACUGGCAAGGGAAAGAGUGCUGUUUGGCUGGAUAGAGACAAAUUAUACUUAAUUAGUAAGAGGACCCGGGGGGAGGCAGUCACCUGGUGCCGUCGAACCUGUAAAAACAAGAUCAGGAGAAAUCCCUGUGCACUAGCAGACAUCGACCUUCCUUCCCCUCCUCUUCCACUCUCUAAAUCCCCCCUGACGGGGCGGAGGGUUGUUUCUCGCAGACCUCACUGACUGUAGCGUUCAGAUGCGAUCACGGCCACAGCCAGCCGGGAUUGUAUUUACCAGAAAUACCACAUAUACAUAAUCUCGCUUCUUGGGCGUCAGAUACCAGAAACGCAAUUACUAGGUGAAGUAAUUGUUGGGAUUAGACGGAAGAUCGGUCAUCUAAACCCCAGCGCCUCCAGACCGAAAACAUUCCUUGCGUUUGCCGCAUGAAGGUGGCCAAGGAACUGGGUUUCUGGGGUUGCAGCAAUUUCUCCGGUCCCUUGAUCGUUUCGGGAGCCGGCGUGUUUUGACGCUGACAAGAUGAGCUGUUUUCUGAUUAGCCCCACGGGUCUCCUGCUUGAGGGGAAAAGCCUGCUACCUGAUUGCUGGGAAGUGCCGAGCGAUUUGUUAUCAAAUGUCCUGUUUCUGCCGGUGGCAUCGUGAUCGGUGGGAAUGAGGAAAUCUGCCGGGGGAAGGAGGACUGGGCUGAGUUUCGCUCGCGGGCUGCAAGUUUAGAUUUUACAACUUUUGCCGACACUUCAUCUUUCUAUAUGGACCCAUCGGCGUCUUUGGAUAUAGAAGCCUUGAAGAUGACGCAGGAGCAGUACAUCCUGGCGGCUCAGCCCGGCCCUCCGCAGAAGCCUGGGGCGCCCCCCUCCUCCACCGCGGGGAUCUACGGCUGGAGGAAGAGGUGCCUGUACUUCCUGAUCCUGCUUCUGCUGAUCACCAUGAUUGUGAACCUGGCACUCACCAUAUGGAUCCUCAAGGUCAUGAACUUCACCGUGGACGGCAUGGGCAACCUUCGUGUCACUAAGCAGGGCAUCCGCCUUGAGGGAGUCUCCGAGUUUCUGCUGCCCCUGUAUGUCAAAGAGAUACAGUCCCGCAAGGACAGCCCACUGGUCUUGCAGUCAGACCGCAACGUGACUGCCAGUGCCAGGAACGAGCUUGGCCAGAUCACGGGCCGCGUGACAGUCGGCUCGGAGAUGGUGGAAGCUCAGUGCCAGCGGUUUGAGGUACGAAGCAGCGACGGGAAACACGUGCUGUUCUCAGCUGACGAGGAGGAGGUCACCGUCGGGGCGGAGAAGCUGCGGGUCACAGGCACGGAGGGGGCAGUCUUCGAGCACUCGGUGGAGACGCCACACGUCCGAGCCGAGCCCUUCCAAGACCUGAAGCUGGAGUCGCCGACUCGAACCCUGACCAUGGAGGCUCCAAAGGGGGUGGAGGUGAGCGCCACCGUGGGCGACCUGAAGGUGGCAUGCCGGAAGGAGCUGCUCCUGCAGUCCACUGAGGGAGAGAUAUUUUUAAAUGCAAAGACCAUCCGGCUGGGGAGUAUUCCACAUGGCACACCGCCCAGCUCGCUGGGGACCCCCUACCCCCGACAGACUGUGUACGAGCUCUGCUCCUGCCCCAACGGUCGACUGUACCUGGCCCCCGCGGAGGCCGGCUCCACCUGCCAGGCUGUCAGCAGCGUCUGCCUGUGGAGCUGAGGACCACCCCCUCUUCCCAGUACCAGAGAAGCCUUCCUCACCCACCUCCUCCUCUUCCUCACUCGUGGACAGAAAUCAGGAAUCGUGUAUGGAACUCCUAGUCGGCAAGGGAUGUGAAAAUGCAAUUUUUCAUGUCCCCCAAUUAAUGAGGGGGGGCAG